GAGAGAGAGAGAGAGAGAGAGAGAGAGAGAGAAAGACGGGGGGAGUGAACACGGCACGGAGAGCCAGAGUUACUUUGCGGGACGCAUUUCGUCGUAACUUCAGAUAGUUAAAACUCCACUACUCUGCUUGAGUUGAGACGUCGGCAGUCGCACCUCCGAAACACUCAUCCACGGUAGAAAAGUUAUUUACCGUUUCUUUUCCUGUUCCCCUGUUCGUUCUGCACUUUGAGCCCGUGUCUAAUGGAGGGCCCAGUACGGAUUUGCCAUCAGAAGAAUGAGCUUUUCUGCUAGUUCGCCCGGCUGGUUGCAGGUUUUACCCUCCUGCAAGAGAGGUGUGCUGACCAGACGUCAGGUGUGUGUGUGUGUGUGUCGGGUGUGUGUGUGUGUGUGUUUUGGUGUGGGUCUGGGUGGCAGGCGAUCAGCAGGGCUGAGUGGUCACUAUGGCUGGUGGUCUGAGGGUUCUCUGCACUGUGCUUUGUCUCAGCCAAGUGCUCCUACUCUGUGUUGCGUCUCCGUCUCUGUCGUUCCGUGCUGAGCCCAUGUCAGUAAUACUGAGUCAGGGUAGUACAGUCCAUCUGCGCUGCUCGGUACGACCCAAGUCUGCCAGCCUCUCCCUGUCCUGGCGCUUUAGGGGUCAGCUCUUGGACCCUGUCACCCUGCCCGGGGUAGAGUUGAGCCAGAACAGGGGCUCCCUGGUCCUGUCUUCCCUUCAACACAUCCACCAGGGACUGUACCAGUGUGUGGCUCAGUCAGACGCAGGGGCCAUCGUCAGCCGGCACGCACGCGUAGCUAUCGCAGAUAUAGGAGAGUAUGGUGAGAUGCGCCGCCGUUCGUUGGUGGUCCACGAGGGUAGCAGUGUUGUGAUCGAGUGCCCUCUGCCCCCCAGCAACCCCCCUGCUCUGCCUCGGCUACGGGUCCGAGGGGAGUGGCUAGAGAAAUCCAUAGAUGACUAUAUAGUCCUCCCAUCUGGGAACCUUCAGAUCCUCUCUGUUUCCCCCCAACAUGGGGGCAUGUAUAAGUGUGGCGCGUACAACCCUGUAACCAUGGAGACCAGAGUAGAGGCUCAAGGUACCAAGCUGACUGUCAAACCCUCUGACGACCCCUCCCCACGGAGGAUAGUAUACCCCAUCACCCCUACUACUCUAUCAGUGGAACGUUCCAGCAUGCUGGUGUUGGAGUGUGUGGUGUCGGGCAGUCCGUUGCCCGCUGCCCAGUGGCUGAAGAAUGGGCAGGAGGUGGCACUACCAGCCGUGCCAGCAGGGAACAGCAGGAGACACAACAACCUGGUCCUACUGAACCUGAAGAGGAGUGAUGGAGGGAACUACCUGUGUUCUGUUACCACGGAGACAGGGAGGAAUCUACUUAGCGUCAACUAUACUGUGAAUGUGCUCGAGGAGGCAUCUGUCCUGAGGAGUCUGUCUGACCAGACUGUCUCACCUGGAGAUGCCGCUCGCUUCACCUGCGUUGCAAAGGGAAACCCCACCCCCAAUGUCACCUGGCUCUUCAACUCUGCCCCCAUCGCCCCCUCGCCCCGCCUCCAAAUUUCAGGCUCCUCCCUCUGCAUCAAAGGGGUGACAUCACAGGACGUCGGUGUGUACCAGUGCCUGGUGGACAACGUGAUUGGCUCAGCCCAGUCAGCUGGCAGGCUCACCCUCCAAUCAGAAGAAGAACCUCAGCCUGGUUCCACCACUGAUAUUCUGAUCGACGCUCCACACACCUCCGUCCACCCAAUCCAGAGCGACGAGGGAGAUGAGCUCCUCCCACCCGAGGAGGAAGGGGAAGGGCUAGGGGAGGGGCUAGGAGAAGGGGAUGGGCUAUGGGACACCAUGGGCCAACCAACAGAGAGGAGCAGCGACCGGCCCACUCCUGAAGCACCAAUCAUUACUAGCCCUCCUCAGACUCACAAACCUGAUGUCUAUGACCUGGAGUGGAGGGCGGGCCGUGACUGGGGACAUCCAAUCAAUGCAUACUUUGUCAAGUACCGCAAGGUUGAUGAUGUGACGUGGGUGGUGGGUAGCUGGCAUACGGUUCGUGUGCCCGGAAGUGAAAAGACCCUCCGUCUGUCUGAGCUGGAGUCGUCCAGUCUGUACGAGGUUCUGAUGGUGGCUCGCAGCGUCGCAGGAGAAGGACAACCAGCCAUGCUCACCUUCCGGACCGGAAAAGAGAAGAGCCCAGCUGUCAGUAACAAUCCAUCCAAGCCUCCGGUGGUCUCUGUCCCUGCUAAAGUCCCAGAGGACAAGACUUCGAAUACACACUUUGGAGUGGUCAUCCACGAAAGAGUUCCCGAGGCCCCUGAUAGGCCCACCAUCUCCAUGGCGACGGAGAGUUCUGUUUACGUCACGUGGAUCCCGCGGGCUAACGGGGGCUCUCCAAUCACAGCGUUCCGCGUGGAGUAUCGUCGCCAGGGCCGCAGCGCCGAGUGGGUCGUUGCCGCCGACAACAUCUCUCCUCUCAAACUGUCUGUGGAAGUACGCAGUCUGGAACAUGGCUCCACCUAUAAAUUCCGUGUUCUAGCUAUGAACCAGAAUGGGGACAGUCCUCACAGCGCCACCUCUAGGCCGUACCAGGUGUCAGCAGCGAGCCCACGCUUCUCAGACCGCCCGGUGGCCGGACCGCACAUCUCCUCUACAGACGCCGUCAGCGACACUCAGAUCAUGCUACGCUGGACAUACACCCCUUCUAGCAACAACAACACACCCAUCCAAGGAUUCUACAUCUACUACAGACCUACUGAUAGUGACAAUGACAGUGAUUACAAACGGGACGUAGUUGAAGGUCUGAAACAGUGGCACCUGAUAGGUCAGCUCCAGCCAGAGACAUCCUAUGACAUCAAGAUGCAGUGUUUCAACGAUGGGGGAGAGAGUGAAUAUAGCAACGUCAUGAUCUGUGAGACCAAAGCGCGGCAGCCCCCAGGUGUCCCCAGCCAGCACCCCAUCACCCCACCAGGACCCUACCCCCCAGACACCCCCACCCCGCCCGGGGGCCUGCUGUACCUGAUCGUGGGCUGUGUUCUAGGGGUCAUGGUCCUCAUCCUUCUCGUCUUCAUCACCAUGUGUCUGUGGAGGAACCGUCAGCAGAAUACCAUGCACAAGUACGACCCCCCAGGCUACCUCUACCAACCUGCGGAGAUGAACGGCCAUGUUCUAGAGUACCCCACCCUGCCUGGUAGCAGCCGGAUCAACGGUGGGGUCCACGGGGGCUACGGGCACAGCGGUCUACCCCAGGGCUGCCACCACCUGCACCACAAGCUGCCUAACGGCCUGGCGCUGCGUAAUGGGUCUGCUGGGUACCCAUCACACAGCCACGAUGCCUCCUUACCACACAGCACCAUGGAGUAUGAGCACUCUGUCCCUCACCACCACCACAAUGGAGAAGGUGUGUACACAGCCCUGCACCAGAAUGACCCGUCUGACUGUAUGAGUUGCCAGAACUUCUGCAACAACAACAGAUGUUACAUGAAGACCAACGGUACAUUCUCUAGUGGUGGCGGUGGGUCUCUGCCCCUAAUGCAGCGCAUGGCAUCGUGCCAGCAGCUGGAUGGAGGGCUGGGUCUGGAGAUGGUUCCUCUGGGCCAGGUCUCUCCUCACUGCCUGGGCCUCCUCUCUGGGGAGAGAGACACAGAGUCUGGGGACCAGGACCCAGAGGAGGACUCAUCUCCGUCCCAGACCUCCUGCUGUACUCUUGGGGACCACCACCACCAACACUGCCCUGGAGACGACUACACAGCUGAUGAUGAGCCUGUGGUGUGUGUGGACUCUGAGGCAGUGUGUUGGGAGAGCCUGGGUCUGUGUCACCUAGACCUAAGAAAACCAGUUUGGAUCUCUACAGACAGCCUGACUCUGGCCUUGCAGGCAGACCUGAUCCAGCCUAACCCCCAGGAGGUCUGAACACAGCCCACACACAGCCCCCCUGCCUGGGGUACAGAGGAGACAAGGGAGAGGCGGACAACCAGAGUGAACCAGAGAGGAGAAGGAACAGACAGACGUUGUUUUGGAUAAAAGAGGACCCAGUAUGUUCAUGGUCAGAGACUGUACGUGACACGGUGAAAAGGUCAUUAACCUGACUGGAAUACAGCUGGGACAGACGAAUGGACGGGAAAGAGAGAGAGGAUGAUGGAUGGAAAGAGAGAGAGGAUGACCAAACGGAGGGAUGAAUGGAGAGACUGUGGAGGAGGAGGAGGAGGAGGAGGAGGAGGAGGAGGAGGAGACUCAGAACGGAAAACUCCAAGCCACCCGACAGAGAGGAGGGAGGACUCCUAAAACAAAACAAAAUAAAACUCUUUAGAUUACUUAUUUAUUUUUUGUAGUAGUACAAUAUUAUUUCAUAUCUGUUUUAAAGGCCCAGUGCAGUCAAAAAACAUGAUAUUUCUGUGUUUUAUAAAUACUUCUACACUGAGGUUGGAUUCGUACUGUGAAAUUAUGAAAAUGAUAAUAAUGCUCUUUUAGAGCUGUUUGAAACGACCGCCUGAAAUUUUGGCCUUUCUGGUGACAUCACCAGUUGGUAAAUUAGUUUGACCAAUAAGAAAGAGAGUUCCAAACCUCUCAGCCAAUAACAGCUCGAGUUCAGUUUUCCCCUCCCCAUUCAGACCACGUCCAGACAGUCCUACCAAAACUCUUGUUGAGAAAUUGUUCUUUACUAAGAAGCUAUUUUUUGUUUUGUUUUUGACCAUUUUCAUUGAAUGAAAUCACAGUAAGAUACUUAAUUGUUACCCAGAAAGGAUUUGAUAUUUGAGAUAAAACUGCUGCAUUGGACCUUUAAGAACAAAACAGUUUGUCUUUUAUAUUAUUUAUGCCUUUUUGGAUGAGAAAUAUUCUUUAUUUUUUGUUGUUUUAUUUGUCGUUCUGUGUUCCGCCAUGCGGUGUGGAGUUUAGACAUUGUACGUGUAAAGUUUUCUAAUAAUAUAAAGAGAAGAGAUUUGAAGAGUCAAA